CAGCCACGCUCGCCUCAUCAAUGGAAAAUGGAGGCUUCCUGCCCUCCUGGUUGGAGACAGUUUGGCUCUCGCUGUUUCGGUUUCCACAUGCAGACAAAGACCUGGAUCAAUGCAGAGAUUUUCUGCCAGAACGCUGGUGGGCAUCUUGCCUCCAUCCACUCAGCUGCUGAACAUGGAUUCAUCAGAAGCCUAAUUAACCAAGUGUCCGGCGCAAACACACAGGCCUGGCUCGGAGGCAGUGAUGCAGGGCAGGUGAGACUUUUAUCAUCACACAGGAAGUGAUGUCGCUCAUCUCUCAGCCUGUUCUCAUGAAGGAUUUGUACAUAUAGCUGUGAAAAGUAAAUAAUCUGUAUGUAGUCCAUGUAUUUACUACUGUCAGCAGCACACUGACUGCUGCUGUAUG